AAAAAAAAAAAAAAAAAAAAGGUGGGGACGGGGGAAUACUGCAGUGGAGGGCCUACGAGUGAAGGGGGUCGAGUGCGAACAUUUCCACCUGGAGAUUGAGGAGAGAUGGACUAGGUGCCCGAAUGAGGAUAUCUUUGUUUGACUGAGGAGGAACUAGAAUCCCGCCUCAAUCCACCCACAAGCUCGGAAUCAUUGUCAACCCGUCCUACCUGAGCGGGACAGAUGUACUCAGCCAGGGGAGGGGAAGCUUACGAUCUCCUGCUCCGCCUCCCAACACACCCCUCCCCUUUCUCAGAGGAGAGGGAAAGAGAAGGAGCGAUCCCGGCCAAGCGGGGGUGGGGAAUGGGAAGGACAGCUUUCUUCUCACCUGAAAGGGAAGGAGUGAGGGAACCUGCAGCCGCUUUUGCUAACUGCGGGGAAACGGAUCCUCACAGCCCAAGAACCCAUUCCUGGGGAAGGCAUCCCUAGUGAGGCAAGGUGGAAGGAUCCCGGGGCGACACUCCUGCCCCUGCAUCUCCCGGGCUUCUCUGGAGGACGAAAUUAAGAGGUUAUUUGUCUCUCGCAGUCGAGCUCCCUCCGGGGAACCCGUAGGUACACUUGAAGGGCUCUAGCUGUAACGGUGGCGUCGGGUCCCCCUCCGGCCGGCGCUUCGAGUGGCUUAAGUUUGAACACCAUGAACCUGAUACUGUUCCUGGAAGCUAUCUGUAUUUUUCUGUUUGGCCAAGUGCAACCAUCUUUCACUUUCCAGGAACUCUAUGUAAACCAGGAGACUAUUGUGAAGAUUUCAGCUGCCAGUCAAUUGAUGCAGUGUUCUGCUGCUUUGGAUGUCCUGUUUGCCUUGGAUGGUUCUCAUAGCAUUGGGAAAGGAAGCUUUGAAAGGUCUAAAUACUUUGCCAUGAAAUUGUGUGAUACCUUGACCAUCAAUCCAGAUAAAGUCAGAGUGGGUGUAUUACAAUUUAGCUCAAUUCCUCAGCUGGAAUUCCCCCUGGAUUCAUUUUAUACUCGAGAGGAAGUAAAAGAAAAAAUAAAGAGAACAGUUUUCAAAGGAGGGAGCACUGAAACGGGUCUUGCUCUGAAAUACCUUCUCCACAAAGGCUUCCCUGGAGGAAGGAACUCUUCCAUCCCUCAGAUCCUUGUCAUUGUGACUGAUGGGAAAUCCCAAGGAAACAUUGCCCUCCUUGCUAAGCAGCUGAAGGAAAAGGGAGUCAUGGUGUUUGCUGUGGGAGUCAGGUUCCCAAGGUGGACGGAGCUGCAUAUCUUGGCAAGUGAACCCAAGGAUCAAUAUAUGUUGUUUGCAGAACAUGUGGAUGAUGCUACCAAUGGCCUGUAUAGCACUCUUUCCAGCUUGGGCAUCUGUAACACCACAGCUCCAGGUUGCAGAAUUGAGCCUCAUCUUUGUGAACGAAAGACACUUGAAACCAUCAGAGAGGUUACUGGGAACUCUUUAUGCUGGAGAGGUUCAAAGAAAACCAAUGCAGUAAUUUCAUCCCUCUGCCCAUUCUACAGCUGGAAGAAAGUUUUCAUAACCCAUCCAGCCACAUGCUACAGAACGGUAUGUCCAGAUCCUUGUGAUUCCCAGCCCUGCCAGAAUGGAGGCACAUGUGUUCUAGAAGGGUUAGACAAGUACCAUUGUCUCUGUCCCUUUGGAUUUGGAGGGGAAGCCAACUGUGCACCAAAAUUGAGCCUGGAAUGCAGUGUCAAUGUCCUUUUCUUGCUGGAUAGUUCCUCUGGUACAACCCUGGAGGGAUUCCUUCAGGCUAAGGCCUUUCUAAAGAGGUUUGUUCAGGCUGUGGUGAAUAUGGACUCUCCAGUAAAUGUGGCAGUGGCCCAAUACAGCCAGGAGGUGGAGAUCCCAAUCCAAAUGGGAGACUACGAGGAUGUGCCCAGCCUCAUGAAAAGCCUAGACAGAAUGCAUUUCACUGGAGGAGCCACACUGACGGGCAAAGCUCUGGAAUAUGUUACUGAUCAUGGCUUCAGGGACACCCUUCCUUUGGGAGAGACUCAUGACCCCCAGCCACGUCGGGUAGUGGUCCUGCUUACUGACUCAAGGUCCCAAGACCUUGUGGCAGGAUCAGUAAGAUAUGCCCGUGAGCGGAACCUCUUUCUGAUUGGGGUAGGUAGUGAGUUUCUGAGAGCAGAGCUGGAAGAAAUCACUGGCAACCCAAAGCAGGUAAUAACCUACUCUAACCCUCAAGACCUUUUCAACAAAAUACCUGAACUCCAGAAAAAAAUCUGCACUCUCCAGAGGCCAGGCUGCCAAUCUCAGUCACUGGACCUGGUUUUCCUGUUGGAUGCAUCAGCCACAAUGGGACAGGAGAACUUCUUGAAGGUCCAGAGCUUUGUAAGAGGGAGCUCCCUCCAAUUCAACAUCAACCGGGAUGUGACCCAGAUAGGCCUGGUUGUCUAUGGCAGGAGGGUCCAGACCACAUUUGCCUUGGACACACACCCUACUAGCUCCAGCCUCCUGCAGGCCAUCAGCCAGGCUCCUUACCUGGGUGGGACAGGCUCCACUGGCAGCGCUCUCUUGCAUGUCUAUGAUGAAGUGAUGACUGUGCAGAAGGGAGCCCGGCCUGGUGUGAGCAAGGCAGUGGUUGUGAUUACCGAAGGGACUGGCACCGAAGAUGCAGUUGUACCUGCUCAGAAGCUUCGAAACAAUGGCAUCUCCAUCCUGGUCAUAGGGGUGGGACCUGUUCUGAAGGAGACGCUACUACGACUUGCAGGCUCUCAUGACUUCCUAAUACAUGUGCCUUCUUAUGAAGACCUAGAGAAUUAUCAAGACUUGUUCAUUGAAAAAAUAUGUGAAGAAGCCAAGCGGCCAGCCAACCUCUGCAAACCUAGUCCAUGCAUGAAUGAUGGGACCUGCAUUCUUCAGAAUGGGAGCUAUCGAUGUGAAUGCAGAGGCUGGGAAGGCCCCCACUGUGAGAACAGAAUCUUGAGAGGUGAUUCCCCCAGGCCACAUGGUUUUCAUCAAUAUUCCUCAAAUGGGCAGCAAGGACACCAAUCACAGCAUUUGCACCUGGGCAGCUGAAUUAGCAUUGUAUCUUGUGGAAAUAUUAUAUGAUCAUCCACUUUCAGCCAAUUUACUUAAAUUGACCUUUCCUUUUCAAGAGGCAACAGCAUUAAUAAGCUGGCUUAUUGACUUCAGUUGGUGUUUGGUUUGAAAGUCAGGAAAGCUUAUUGGAAUACUGACUGCACAUGGAGAAACUACAUCUGAAUUUUAAGACUUUAGAUUUUGGGAAUUUUUCACCUGCAGCAUUCUAUAUCCAUUUUAAGUUUGGAAAACUGAUUCAAGGUAUGUGGACAUAAGAUAAACAAUAAUACAGCAUUCUUCAGUAUGGAAUUCACAGUGCCAAGACAGACUUACCAAAUGGGAAUCUAAAAACUACCAGAAUGGAGAUUCACUAUUUGACAUCUGUUUAUUUUUAUUUUUUUUAACAUAGAGGAAAAGCUUAGGAAGGACAGAGUAGCUGGUCGAGACCAGAGGGAGAAUGGAACAUUGUUGGAUUUCAAACAGCUGGAAAUCUAUGCAGUUAGGUUGUGUUCCCUCAGAUAGAUUAUAUUUGUUAAUUUACUGUAGUUUUAAUUAAUAUUAUUAUUGUUUAGACUUCUUAAUGACCUUUUUUCUCUCCCCUUUUAGCUGUCAUUUUUAUUAUUUUAGAGUGGGAGAGGACUAGAGAAAGCCUUAAAUUUUUUUUAAAAAGUAUGUUAAUAUGACACAUUUUGCUUUUUUAAAAGAGUCAACCAGGUUUUAAAAUAAAAUAUUAAGGAGAAAA